GCCGGCGCGAGUGCGCGCGCGCACAUUCGUGCGCAGGUUCGAAUCUCCGCCGCUUCGCGGUUGCUGCUCAACGUCCGGGCCGCACCUCCGCGGCGGCUAAGGCCGAGUAAGAGGGCGACGCUCCACUCGACCCGGGCCGCCCCGCCCCCUUCCCCUCGCCACCUUCCAGACGCUGCCUUGCUCCAUUCGGCCUCGCCCCGCCUCGCCCUCCCUCGCGCUCCACCCCACGGCUAUCAGCGCUCGGUCCCCGCGCCCCGCCGUCUCCGCCCGAGCCCUUAGGCCCAUGGCCAAGCGGCGUGCGGCCGAGCCGCUGACGUUCCACGUGCCUUGGAAGCGGCUCCUGCUCUGCGACUUCACGGAGGAGCCGCCGCCGCCGCCGCCGCCGCUCUGGAUCCCGCCGUCGGGGGCCUCGCAUCCCGGGCUACCGCGAAAGCGCAAAAUCGACGCAGGGGCCAUGUCAGAGCCUUCGGCUUCGCCCAGCAAGCGCCGCGACAGCGGGGACAGCAGCGCCCCGAGCGGCGGGGAGCAUGAGGGCCGCGGCCUGGAAACGGGCGAACCCCCGCUGUCGCAGCUGCCCGGAGGAUCCCGGGGGCCGGGGGAGGAGCCCCGGGAUGCCCAGCCCCCAAGGGGCGGUGGCGACGACGGGGCGGGGCGCACAGGGCCCCCGCGGGAAGACUGGGGGGCCGCAUCGCGCCAGCACAAUGAAGAAUUUUGGCAGUACAAUACUUUCCAGUACUGGAGAAAUCCUUUACCACAUAUUGAUCUGUCAGACAUUGAAGAUGUGAGUGAAAAUAACCAGACAGAAGCAACACUGGAGGGCAAGAAUGAAGUGGUUGAGAUUGACAUGGAGUCCUGACAUAAGGAGCUGAAGAAAUGGGAUUCCCUGAAUUUGAAGAGACAUCUUUAAGUGAAUUCAUGUAUUUUUUAGGAAAAAGUUGUUUUCCAUACUUGAUGUGGUAUCAUUUCCAAACCUGAAAAAUGAGGAAAGGUUGUAUUGAAGAUAAAUGCCUGUAGUUACUACUGAACCUACCAAUAGGGAUUUGGCAACAACAUAGCAGUUGUAGACGAAAUAUUUAUGUAUGUAUUUUAAAAGAAAAGUUUUUGUUUGGGUUCUGACUUUUAAGAAACUGAUCUUAUGAGAAGGGAUUCUAGAAGUUUUAGGAAUGCAUGGGAAGUACUCAAAUCUUUCUCCCAUCUACACCAAAAAGUUUGUUGGCACGUGAAUAUCAUUUUAUAAUAACUUAUUAAUAAAAUAAAAUUUCUAAUACAUCUUACUGAGUCGUCUUAGUUGAACAAAUAACUGACUUGAACAUCUAUGCAAACUUAAAAUGUGGGGGAUUCUUUCUGAAAGUUAGUAUUGUUUUUAAAAGGCUUUGUAAAAAUAAGUAGAGAAAAUUUCAAUUUGGAUAGCAUAUUUAAAUGUCUUCCAAUAUUUGAUGUUUGUUAAACUGUACUAUGGGUAAUGAAAAAUGGAUAAAGAAAAGUGAGAAAAAGUCAGUGCCUGCCCACUCCCUCCCUUUCCAAUAUAAAAGGAAAGAAAUUUAUCAUGACCAGUUUCUUGGUUUUGAAUUGAUUUGAGGGCAUGUUUUUUAUUGCUUAUUAAUUUACACCUAUAGUUCUCAACACUGACAGCACUUUAAAAAUCUUUGCCUGAGACCCAUUUUAGAGAUGCUGAAGUAUUCUGAGGUGGGCCAUAGAUAUUACUAUUUUUUUAAACAUCAGUCUUCCUUUCCUCCAUUUCUUUAAUGUGCAGACAGGGUUGAGAACCACUAGAUCAAUGGUAGUUUUCCUGUUUAAAGGAAAUAACUAAUUUGAAUUGAAGCAAUGCCUGUUAAUUAGCUUUGUUUUAUUUUGCUCCAUUGAUGACUUUGUCACAAAUAAGUUAUUGUGCUGCUGUUACUUUUCAUUGUUAAAAAAAAAAAAAAAAAUUGUGUUGGAGUUAAAUAUCAAUGACUGAGUUAAUUAACAUUUGUAC